CCUUCUCUCCUCUCCUCUCUCGCUCCUUUUCUUUUCAUCUCUGUGCUCGGCACAGCAGUGUAGCAGUCGUGUGGUAUUCUGCAGUAUUCAAGAAGUAUUUCACAGUAUUCUACAGUCGUCUGGAUUCUGGUGUUCUCAGGACAGGUGUUACAGCUGCUCUCUGUAAGUGUGUGUGGGAUGUCGUGUCAGGGCUAGAGCCCUUCCCUCUCCCAUGAGCCUGUGUGCCCACACACACACACGGCGCCCCCACACACACACACGGCGCCCCCACAAACACACAGACACACGGCGCUGACGUUGUGAAGUGGACCCUCGGAAACAGACCGGAGCAGAACCGGAUCAAACCAGCCUGUGGGCCGGCGGGGCGGAACCUGAGGAUGUCAACAGAGGCGGAACUACAGCCAGCUGUCAGGCCCAGUGUCAGGAGAGACUCCAGGAGGAAAGGGCAGGAUCGUAGCGAGGCCGGGUUGAUCAGGCGGUUUAAGGGGGAUGGCGUUCGCUACAAGGCUAAACUCAUCGGUCUGGAUGAAGUCACAGCCGCAAGGGGAGACAAACUCUGUCAAGACUCCAUGAUGAAGCUCAAGGGUAUAGCAGCAGCAGGGCGGUCUAAAGGAGACCACAAACAGAAGGUGUUUCUAACUGUCUCCUUUGGAGGGAUCAAGAUCUUUGAUGAGAAGUUUGGGGUCCUCCAGCACCACCAUGCGGUCCAUGAGAUCUCUUACAUCGCCAAGGACAUCACAGACCACCGAGCCUUUGGUUAUGUCUGUGGGAAAGAGGGCAACCACCGCUUCGUAGCCAUCAAGACAGCACAGUCUGCAGAACCAGUGAUCCUGGACCUCCGGGACCUGUUCCAGCUCAUCUAUGACAUCAAACAGAGGGAGGAGAUGGAGAAGAAAGCCCAGAAAGACAAACAGUGUGAACAGGCUGUGUACCAGACUAUUCUGGAAGAAGAUUUGGAGGAUCCGGUCUACCAGGUUCCGACCAGUCAACAGAAGGAGGGGGUAUAUGACGUCCCCAAGAGACACCCAAAUGCUCAAAAUGGUCACCAACAACAACAACAACAGCCACAACAACAGCCACAACAACAGUCUCUGAUAGAUCUCAUGGAUAUGGACAGUGUAUGGACUCCACAGAAUAUCAACCAAUUAGAGCUCUUUGGAGACAUCUCCACACUCCCGGACAUCUACUCCCCCUCGACCCCUGCCUCUCCAGCCAACACCCUGGACCCCUCUCUGGGCCUGCAGCCCACAACCGAACUCUUUACCCCCUUCAACCCUGCCUCCGUACCCUCAGGUUAUGUGACGAUGGGAGCGGUCCCUCCAGGUCAUGUGUGGUCCCAGCAGGCGUUUGCAGCCCAGGCAGGUCCUCUGUUCGGGGUCCCGUCCCCCCUGGGUCAGUCCCUCCCUGUGGCCCAGGUCCUGCCUGGAGGCCAGCCACUCAUCUGGGGCCAGGCCAACCUCUUCCCUGCUACACAGCAGCAGUGGGCCGCCAUGACUGGAGCAGGGUUCCCUGCUACAGCCUACCUCCCAACCCAGCCAGGGUCUCUGCCUGCCAUGUUCCUCCCAGUCAAUCAACCCUGCGACGGCCUAUCAUCUGCCGGCGCUGCCUCGAACCCCGCCCCCUCGUCAGCCUCCAGUCCACAGCAUGCAGCGAGGCAGCGGCAGAAGAUGAGCAAGGAGAUGUUUCAGGACUUCCAGCUAGCGAAGCCCCCUGCCAUGCCUGCUAAGAUGGGGGACCAGCACCAAAGUCUAGCAGGGACCUCAGAGGCCUUCAGCUCCUAUUUCAGCCGCGUGGGGACCGUCACCGAUACGGACGACUGUGACGACUUUGACAUCUCUCAGCUCAACCUCACUCCUGUCACCUCUACCACGCCCUCCACUAACUCACCUCCGACCCCGGCCCCCAGACAGAGUUCUCCAUCUAAAUCGUCGCUGUCACACGUUAGUGACCACAUUGACCACAUCAGUGACCCUCCCACAGACGCCACCGACCCCCCCACAGAUGACUCGUUCGGCGAGGUGGAGGGCUCCCCCAGUCGCAGUGGAGAGGAGGAUGCGGCGUGUGGGUCUGGGUCUCCAUGUCCCAGUGAGACAGCAGGUUCUAGUCCAGCCCAGACCAGUCCACCUGCCAACAGCUAGAUAGAUGCUGGCUGGGUGCUGGGGGAAGGAUCCUCUCUACGCCCAGGUCAACAAAGGGAAGAAAUAAAGAGACACAGUGAACACUGGACUGACCAACCAACGCUGACCAACCAACCCGAUGUGUGUGUGUGUGUGUGUGUUACUCCUCUCAAGCAGCAGCCUGGCCACCCCUCUAACAAAGGAUAGAACGCUCCAUCUACUCCCUCUACUCUCUUUUCAUUCAUUUAUCUCUCCGUCUCUCUCUCUCUCUCUCCCUCCAUCAAACGUUGCUAGAGACUAUGCUGCCAAAAGGGGACUGGGCCAAGUGUUGUCUCCCUUCCUAACUCACACAGUGUUAUCAGACAUGGACCAAAUGAGUGUCUGUAGCGAGUGGAUCCUGUGGGACGAGGCCGGAAUGGUAUGCCUGGAUCCUUAUUUUUGAUUAGCCAUCUUGAUUAGGCAUCUGAUUGGCUGUUUGGGUGUUUCACCUUCAUGUGAGCGUCUGCUGGAUGACUAUGCAGAAACAGACUCUCUGGGAGCUACUCACACACACACACACACACACACACACACACACCGACACAGUGUUUUGCCAAAUGUCUCUUCUCAGACAGAUUCAGAGGGAAGGCUUCAGAGGGAAUGGACUCAGCGGGGCAUGGAUGUUGCCAGCCUAACGGGCACCGCCUGGCAUGGACAACAUUGCCAAAUUACCGGGCACCUCCGCCUUCGGAUGGAUGUUGCCAAACUAACUGAUUCUGUGAUUGAACUGCUCAUUCUCUAUAAUAGCUUUUGUACAAUAUCGAUUAAAACAGACAAGGGGAAAUUGAGUUUUUAUUUUAUAAAUCCAUCAAGACGCUCUACUGUCAGCUCUACUGGAGUUGCACAUUCACAUGGCUUUAAGAGACCUGAUUGUUGGUUUGCCAAACUCAUUUUGUAAAUAAUAAUAAUAACAACAACAACAACAAUGAUCAUUCUGUCCGCAGGACUUCUGUGCCAUAAAAUAGGCGUCAGUUAGGCUACCAGAAGGUAUCAAGCAAUACCAACAUCUCCUCUGUCUGUCCGUCCGUCCGUCUGUCUGUCUGUCCAGGUUUCUGUUGCUCUCUCAACCCCUGACGUUGUUUGGUCUAUGACCCUAUGAGUGUCUUUCCCUAAAUCAGACCUCAUCUACACUGCAGUCCUUUGUUGAUCAAUAUCCAGGUGCCCUGUAACCUCGUACAGUCAUAUCAUCCUCCUGUCUGUGCGUCAUAUAAUCUCUCCGUCUGAGUGACGGGAGCAUUACCCAUCAUCCACAACCACCCCGGACACUCCCUACAGCUGUAUGUCUGUCAUCAGCCCCCGGCCCUGCUCGGCUGUCUGCCUCCAUGUCUGUCUGUCUGCCGGUCUAUCCGUCCGUCUGUCUCUGCUAGUACUACAUCAACUGUGAUGCCAAUGACUCCCUAUUUUAUGGCCAGAAUCUCUGUGUUAUUAGACUUCUCUGGACUGACAACUGAUUAAUAACGACGUUUGGACAAUAGAAGAAGAAGAUGAGGAAGUGGACUAAAAAAGGGAGAGAAAAAAUGCUGUUUGAUUACGUAACAUUUCUAGACAUAUUUUAACCUUACCUCAGAUAGCGGUUUCUUAAUGUAAAUUGACACAUUAUUUUUUAUCUUUAUGAAUACAACAGCAUUCUACAGUGGAUUUUUAGAGGACUUUUAUUUUCCGUUGAUUUACAUCUCCACCAUGUAUUACAGUUCCUAUUAAACACAUCCCAAUGACA